GCAAUAAUUUUAUUGCCUGAUAAGCCGUCGUCGCUGUACUUUAAUCUGACCUUAUAAAUUCGAAUCUAGUGCCAUUUUGUAAUUCUAAUUUAACGCAUCAAAUUAACUUCCUGCGGUUUGAUUAACACAUUUAAAAGUGAAACGAAAUGAAAAGCAAAUUCAAUAUUCUGUUACUCUGCUCGUUAACACUUACAGUACAUGGAUCUAAGGGAGGAAACAUAGUCACGAAUGCUCAAAGUGAUCUCUUUCCUGUCUCCAUUAUUCAUAUAAACGAUUUUCAUGCAAGGUAUGAAGAAACGAAUGAAGGAUCAACACCAUGUAAACCUGCGAAUGGCGAGAAAUGUAUUGGUGGAUACGCUCGUGCCGUAACCGUUAUCAAGGAAUUGCUGAUGGCACGAAGCGAUACAAAUCCACUGUAUUUAAAUGCUGGGGACAAUUUCCAAGGAACACUUUGGUAUAAUCUCUUCAGAUGGAAUGUCACCAGCCACUUUUUGAAUAUGCUCAAUGCUGAUGCAAUGACAAUAGGAAAUCAUGAAUUUGAUAAUGGUGUCGAAGGUUUUGUUCCAUUUUUAGAAACGAUUCGUUCACCAAUUAUUGUUGCUAAUAUAGACGACUCAGAUGAGCCAACGAUGCAUGGUAAAUACAAUAAGUCCAUCGUUAUCGAUAAAUAUGCAAGGAAGAUAGGUAUCAUUGGCGUUAUAUUGUCUACAACGAAUGAAUUGGCUCAAACCGGAAAGCUCAAAUUUAAAGACGAAAUUGAAUCAAUCAAAAGCGAAGCCAAUGUUCUGAAGAGUCAAGGUGUAGACAUAAUAAUCGUAUUGUCGCAUUGUGGAUUGGAGGUUGACUAUAAAAUUGCUCGAAACGCCGGUUCUGAUAUUGACGUUAUUGUCGGUGGUCACUCGCACACAUUUAUGUUUACUGGAGACAAUCCACCUGGUCCAGACAGACCAAUUGACGACUAUCCAGCCAUUGUUCAACAAGAUAGUGGUCACAAGGUUCUAAUCGUGCAAGCGUCUGCGUACACAAAAUACAUUGGUGAUUUGACGGUUUAUUUUGACGCUGAAGGACGGGUCAGCUCUUGGGAAGGAUGCCCGAUAUAUUUAGAUACUCACAUCAAGCAAGACGAGGACGUAUUGAGGGAAAUUCAACCUUGGAAAGACCUUGUAGAUAGAGAAGGUGUUCGUGAUCUUGGUACCACUAAGGUUCCGCUAUCCAGAACAGACUGUUCAGUAGAAUGUAAUAUUGGAAAUUUCCUUACUGACGCUGCGGUUUAUUAUUACAUUGAUCGAGCCCGGGAAGGCGAAUGGACACGAGCAUCCAUAGCACUCACAAACAUUGGAGGAAUACGAACCUCUUUGAGUAUUGGAACAAUUACCUACGCUGAUCUUAUAACAACAAUGCCGUUCGAAAAUACCCUUGACCUGAUAGAAUUACGCGGUGACCAUUUGCUAGCAACCCUUGAGAGACACACGCUUCCGUCGUCCGGAAUCAAAAUUGUUUAUAACAUCACCCAGCCCGUUGGUCAACGAGUGGUUUCAAUGGAUCUUCUAUGCAAUGAAUGUUCGGUUCCGAAAUAUUAUCCGCUCGAUCGUACGAAAAUGUAUCCAAUCAUUGUAAAUUCUUUCAUGGCUGGUGGCGGCGAUGGUUUGACGGUCAUUAACGAACAGAAACGGAAUCACAUCAUUGGGCCUCUCGACAUGGAUGUGGUGAUUAAAUAUGUGGAACGACAAAGUCCAAUUAUGAUUGGAAUCGAGGGAAGGACAACCAUUUUACAGUAGCGUUCAGUUCGUUAGAGGCAAUGGACGUGGUACAAUUUACUAUUGAUGAUUUCAUUGACUCUUGGCAUUUAGGAGAUAAAGAAAAAAAACAAAGCAAACGACAUGCUACUUGUGGCGAUUAGAAAAAUACAAAAUGUAAAACCAAACUUACGUCCAGUAAAAUUGAUAUGAACCACUA